AUGCUUCCUAUCGGCUCUCUUCCCCGUACAGCGCCAGUGCCUAAACCAAGACGAAUCAAGUCUCCACAACCACAACCUAAAGUUCGACCAAGGACGUGUGUAAACCAGACACCAGAGAAGACACCACAGGCGUCUCACAGGAUGAAGAUGAACUGGAAGAUGGAGAAGAUAUGGUGGUCAGCUCUUUAUCCAGCUGACAGGCCACCUGAAGACAAGCCGACCGAAGAUGUUGAGAGUGAGGACCAGAACACUGAAGUUGAUGGAAGGGAUGAGACUGUAGAUGAACAACGGGAACAGCCUACAGAAGAACCUCCAGUUCCACCUGUGGAUGUCCCACCAGACGAGGAAAUUGUGGCUGCACCGGUGCCACCGAAUCCUCAACCAAGUAGGUCUGUUCGAGAGCGGAGACCACAAAAAGGAUGA